GUAACCAGGGAGACAAAGGCAGAGGCGCCUUACGGCGCGGGGCGGGGCGGCCCGCCCGCUGCAGGCGGUGCUGACGAUGAAGGAGCUGGGGGCCACAGGUUAUAUGGCAUAAAAGAUUUCACGAUUCAAAAUACUUUUAAGAAGAUAUUAUUACAUCAUAAAUCAUGAACACCAAUGAUUUUAUAGUUCUUCCAUGGGGAAAAACUGGAAACUCUGUAAAACUCAAAGCCAAGAAUGUCCGGGAACUACAGGUAGAGAAAGUACAGUUAGAGCUGGAAACCCAAGAAAUGGAGAAGAAACUUCAACAAUUACAAUCAAGCAUGAGCCGAGAAAAAGAAGAAAGAGAAAGGUCAAGUGGCUAUCACUGGAAAUCUGGACAGGUGGGCAAAUUGGGUAAUCAAUCACAAAUGAUGUCACAAAAUAAAGAAAAUGUUGUUAAGCUAUCUCCAGGAAAAGUGAAAUUAAAGAUCCUGAAGGAUCAGGUUCCAGAAACAGUAAAACAAUCAAUUAACUAUAAAGCAACAAAUGCUUAUACCCAGGAGAAAAUAAAAGGAAAGGGGAAGGUUUGUGGACAGUGUGAGAACAAAUUCGCAUUACUAGUUUGUCUUGAAUGUGGAGAAGAUUAUUGUUCAGCCUGCUUUGCUAGAAUCCAUCAGAAGGGGGCAUUAAAGCGCCAUAGAACUACUCUUUUACAGACGAGAACUCAAGUUUUGACCAAAUUGGAUAGUGCCCAACGAUUUUUAAAGGAAGUUUAUCCUGAUGAAUCUCAAGAGGAAAAGAAUUUAAAAAAAGAGAGUAAUAAAAAUGUAAAUGCCUCAAUAACUCCGACUCCACAGACCACUGACUCUGAGGUAGAUUCUAAAUCAUUAAAAAAGGAUGAAUCAACAAAUCAGAUGGGUGGGCUCCUGCUUCAAGGAUCAUUUGAUGAGGAGGAGUCUGCUAGAUCAUUUCAAGAAAUUUUAAUUCAGUGGAGAAAUAGCAACCGUGAAAACAAAGAGAAACAUAUUCAAAAGAAUGCUGAAACUUCCCCAGAGCAAAUGGAAGCAUCUGCAGUACAGACAAAUCUGAAAAUUUGGAGAGAGCCCCUUCAUAUUGAAUUUAAAGAAGACAGCCUGACUUACAUGGAAAGAUUAUGGCUUAAGAAACAAAGAAGUGCAAGGAACAUGUCAAUGGAGAAAGAACAAAGUCCAACUAUAGCCACUAGUGAAUCAUCCACACCUUUACCAGCUUCUACUGAAGACCAGGAAUUAAGUGAAAAAGAUGAUAAUAUUGAAGUUGAAGAGCUGAAAGAAAGUUAUUCAGACCCUUUCCUAUCAGAAGAACCUGAAUUAGAGCACCUUGAGUCAUCUUUGAAGAUAGUGGAACUCGAUGAUAAUUAUGAAGAGGAACCUGGGGACUCAAAGAAUUUUGUGCCUUACAAAGUAGAAUUAGCUGACACUGAUAGUCAACAAAGUUGGGCAGUUCAUCAAUAUGAGAAGGAUUUUCACUUUGGAAAAGACUUACCUUUUUCACCAAGGAAGGCCACUGAUGCUGUGCAACAGCAUGGAUAUUUGAAUAAGGAUAAAGACUCGUAUUCUCAAUGCAGCAGAACAACCUCAUCAGCUUGUGACAAGACUUUUAAAGUUUCAUCAUCAAGAAGUUCCCCUUCAGAUUCUCCUCAUUUAAUAGAAGGAGUGCAGCCUGUUUCCAGUGAAAAUAAUGCAGCAAAAAAGAAAAGCUUUUUAUAUGAAAAUAAAAAACCUGAUGAAAAAACCUGUGCUUCACAUCAAAGUGCCCCUCACUGUAAUAAUGUGGAUUUAGGAGAUUCCCAUGGUGAAAGAUCGACAUCCAAUUGCAAAGAUACCUUGGAAGGGAGCAGUUUUCAUGAAAACAAGAACUCACAAUGUCCCAAAUCAAUGAAGUCUUCAAAGUUACAAAAAAUAGCCCUCAGAAGUAAGCCCAUAACUGAAGAAUAUCAAGGACUUGAGAAAUUCUUUGUCUUUGGUAAAAAUCAUUCUAAAGAAAAAAUCAAAUUAAACCUGGCAAUGAAAUCUGAGAUCAGCCCUUCCAACAGCAAGACUAUACUCACAGAAAACCGACAGUGGAUAUCUGAGAGUAGUUUAAGUGAAUAUGCUGAUGAUUCAAUAGUUCAGGAUAUUGUUUGGAAUAACCAGAAAAAAAUGUCAGGUGUGCUAUAUUCUCAAAGAGGGCAUAUUUCCAAGAGGCCAUCAUCAGCAAAUAUACCAAUUUGUAAAAUGAUUCAUAAUAGCUCCUGGAGCUGCAUGUCUUUGCACCCAAGACCAAGAAGUGCAGUUUUUCGGCCAAAAUCCAGAGCUACUUCAGAAAUUUCAGAAAUUGAAUACCUUGAUGUAACUGAGCGAGAUGAACCAUUCCUUGAAGAUGUUGCUGAUCAUCAAACCUUAGACAGUUUGGAAAAAGAAUUAAAUACACUGAAGAAUAUUUCAGAUGCUCCAAAAAGACACUACAGCUUAGACUCUGAAAAGUUAUCAGGCAUCAACAUACAUUCAAAGAAGAUAAGUAAGACUAUGACGGAUGUCUCAAAGACACUAGGACUAAAGAACUCCAAUAGACUUGACAUUUCAAGCUUGGACACGGAAAUUCAUAGUUUGCUAUCAUUGUCGGAAAGAAGCAUAGAUGAAGAAGAAGAAGAGAGCUCUCUGGAAAAGCUUCAAGUCCUUGCCCUCCCUUGACCAAGAAGGUGAUUGAUCAGAACGUCUUGAUUUUUAACUUGUGUGUUCACAGAUUAAAGCAAAUAUGAGACAAGAUUUAACCAAUUGAACCUACAUACUGGUUUUAGCUAAUGAAAAAAAAUAGAUUAUUGAUGUCUCAUUUCAAAGCCUGCAUACUAAUAAACAUUGCUGAAAUUGU